GUGGGCUCUAGAGUUACGCCGGUAAAAACACCAACAAAAAAAAAGGAAAAAAAACGGCGGAAGUAGUUUUUGGUUUCGCUCGUGCUUCGUUUCCGGUGCUCGGGUUAAAUGUCGCGAGGAUGAGCUACCGUCCGAACCAAGGUUUAUAUCGCACCCUAGACUUCGUUACUCCUGUGACACGAGUAUGGGGCAUUUUUUCUGCAAUAGUUUACUGGGGCAUAGGCGCUGACAUCACGUAUCAUGGCGACUCCCUGGGACCGUACAUACUGGCCUCAGCUGUGUUCAUUACGCUCUUCGAAACGGCAUUUGCUGUAGACCUUUUCCUUGAGGUUUGUAUAAGGGAGGAGAGAGGCUAUUGCCUUCGCUUGUGGAGAGGAAUUCGAUGGGUAGAUCUGUGGCGGAAAAGCGUCCUUUACUUGGCCUUGUCCAUCCUGUGCUUCGCCUACCACAGCAGCUCCUGGUUAGGAGGUUAUGCUGGUGCCACAACAUUAGUUCUGUGUGUCCUUUACCUCAUCCUUACCUACAAGAACCACCUUGAAGUGAAGGAGGCCCUCUUGGCUGACAAAGAAGCAUCAUAUGACAGGUUUGAUGCACUUGAAGAAGAGGUGGACGAAACACUUCCAGAGCCUGAUGUUGACACUGUUGGUGACCAAGACCGCAUCUUGGAAGUAUGAGGACCUGCUGUUUCCUGGGUGUCUAUGUGCAACAACAGACAGCAGCUUGUGCCACAGUCAAUAGUGGAAGUGUUCUACAGUUGGUAAUAGUGGGUCUUGUAGGCACCACCUUGUUGUAUAAAGACACUUUGUCAUUAUUGUUGAGCUAUUGAUCUGAUGUUAUAUACAGUGAGUGAUCUUUCUGUUACCAUAUUUACACCUGUGCUAUCUCUUUAGGCAUCUAGAUAUACCAGAACCAGUUAUGUAUUAUUGUGGAUGAUUCAUAUUUCUAGCCUCUUUUUUUAUUUUUACUCCCCCUCUCCCAUUCUUGUUCAGCAAAGUGUUAGUACUAUGGGUUUUAGGUAUUGUGGGCUGCUAGAGUCUAGGCUGUUCACUGUACUUAAUAUUUUGUCUUUCCACUUGUUCAUUUUAUUCAGAAAAUGGAAACAAGCUUUCAUUGAUCUUGUUGCAUUUUCCAGCCUGCAUUUUGCCAUCCAUUUUAUCUUUGUUACUGUCAUCUGUAUUAAGGAUGUUCCAGCUGUUUUUUUUUAUACUCCCUUUCAUUAUUUCCUUGUAAUUGUGCUAGGAUUUACAGUCCUUAGCAUCGUUGCUUUUAUUAAGGUGCCAUUUAGCUGCAUAAAGUUUUAUUACUUGAUGCUUGUGCUAAUUCUAGGUGUAAAAUGUGGGCUGCAGUACACUUCACUCGUCAUGCUGCCUUUUUAUGGUUUUGAAAACUUGGCAACAUAUUUGGCUCAUCACUAUGUUUUGUUGGUCUUGUGGUGCGCCUAACUGUGAAGCUGUAGAUGGGAUAACCAGACAAAGGUUUGAGUCGUACAGUGGCAUGGCCAAGGGUGAUUUCGGUGAUUUAACCGCCUCCCCAAAAUAUUUACAUUUUGUAUGUCAAUAAAUACAUACAAAUACAUCAACGAACAUAGUUACCUAGGUGGGGAGGAGGUGAACUUCCUCCCUAGCCCCCUUUGUGAAAAAUUUCUCCCUGUACUCCUGGAGUCUUGAACCUGUGUAGUGUUAUUCCUAGCCUUGUGGGCUAGCUGCAAAUGACAAUUUGAAGAAGGAGUUGCUAUUGCACCAGCACUAAAUUUUAAGAAGGUUGGGUAAUUCAUGUCGAGAGAGAAUGUAUAGCAUGGUCAUGUGAUUUGCCAGAGCCAUUAUAGAGCCACUUCAAUCAAGCCGGUGAUUUCGCCAUUAUGAUCUGUGUAAGUCAAAGUGUGAUAUGAUUUUUCUUCUACCUCUCGAGUAGUGUGCUUUGGGAUCAAAAAUGGUGCGCCAUGGUGAGCUGGGCACGAAGGAGAGUCAAGCCUGUAUCUGUUCUGGGAACUGUCUGGGCGGCAGAACUCCCAGGUGUGGAAGCAGCCGAAGCGCAGUCACAAUAAUUAGAGGGUCAUUCGGGGCAUAGCGGUGGCGGUAGGGUCAAAGGCUGAGCGAACUGAGAUGGCUGGUUGCUCCAUGUGAGCUCUCUCCAUGCUUGGGUGAUGUCAAGCAAGCUGAAACCAGUGUUAUGCUUUGUGCUUGUUCUUCCUGCUUUUUUGUUUGCUUGCAAAGUUUGUGCUCUGCAGUUUGGCCAGAAACAACGGUGCAGUGGCUGUUUAGGUACCUUUCAAGUGCAUAUCGGUUACGCUUCAUAGACAAACUUUGUCGCUCUCUGUCUUGCAGGAUAUGUGUCAAUCUUCAUGCGGUGCCUCUCCUUUUACCGCAGAAACAUUUUUUUCUACACAUUGAUAGAAGAGGACAUCCCCAAUUUCUAUAUGUCUGCCACACAAUUGCAGUGGCCAGUCAGCCACACUGCUUCUAUCAUCCCUGUUUCCAAAAUCCACCACUUGGAGUAGUAUUUCAUUGGUUCCCUGACAUUGACACAGAGGGUUUAUACUUACGCUGUAGCCUGCUUCUUUACUUAUCUCUUUAGCAUCAUGGUGCACUUUAGCUAUACAAGUGCUCUGGAAAUGUGAAAAGAAAGCUGAGGCAUGAAGCUGAGGCAGGUUUUCUCUGUGGUUCCUUGAUGUUUUACAGUACUUAUUUUUUUUAUAGCUAGGACAUCUUACCUCUAAAAUAUUUGUUGCUUGUGCAGGGUGUAGGUUUUAUGCGAAAGGUGCUAGUCAUUUCGGCAGGCGAUGUUUGCAUGUAUGAGUUGUCAUUUCAUCUGAUUCAGCUACUCUGGCUCAGCAGCUGGGGCCCAGCUGUGGCUUGAGUUGGUAAAUGUUCAUAACUAAGUUUUGUAGUACACUAGAUAGAAUUUAAAAAAUUUAGGCACAUAUGUGCUAGUAUUUCAAAGAUGUGAUAAUCAAAUUUUUUCAAUGAUAAAUUUAGAGAGGCCUUUUUUUUUUUAAGGCUGACUUUAAGUCAUCUUACUAUCUUUGUAGUGAUCAAAAGCACCCAGCUGCCAGUGUCUUAUAAAAUAUGAUUGAAAAUUCAGUUUAUUUUUUUUUGCUUGAAUAUGCAAUGUCAAGGAUUGGUUGCCAGCAACCAACCAUAAUCAUGUUAUAUGUAGCAUGCACUUGACGUCAUCUGCGAAGAGCCCUAGCGACGGGGUCACCAUAUUUCAGAUCCACGCACUCUCUGCACGCACUGUGUCUGAGAUGCGUCGGGGACUUGGACGACUAGAGACUACCAGAAUUCCUCCUGCAUGCUGACGCACAGACAGCAUAGACGGCGUGUACAAGGGAACCUGCAAAGUAGUGCAGCGGUGGUGUGGCCGCAUUUUUUAUCAAAGCUCAGUGCAUAGGCCUAUAGCUAUGCCUCCUAGUUAAUAUUUUUUUUACGUAUGGAGCACAGCUUUCAUUAGUCGAAUAACUUUUGUUUGGACAAUGUUAUCUACAUGAAGAUUACUUUCUUUGUCUCCACAAACUAAAGGAACUGAAACGAAGUGCAAGAACGUACAGGGUGUUUCAAGAAAUGUGUUCCUCCCCCCAAUUUUUUUUAUACAGGAAUUGGGAUACUUGCUUGCUGCCUUAAUAAUUUUUUUUCAUGUGAGGGCAAACAUGUUAAGAUAUCAAGAAAUAUUAAUGGCUGUGUUGAUUAAAAAAUAAAUGAAAACAAUGAACUUUUUCAAUUAGAGAAGACUGGCAGUUGAGUUUAAUAGGAGCAUUGAAGGUAUUCUUGCAGAGAGCCCAGCAUGGCUUUGCAAUUUUAAAAAACCAGCCACUGGUCAUUUUUGUGUAGUGAUAAAAUGUGACAAAAUUCAUUAACAAAACCGACGUGCCGAAGAGUGCACCUGCCAUAACCCAGGAGACUCCCAGAGUAAUAACACUGUUUUGAACAACAAUUGCUGUGGUGUUGGUUCUUCUGAAUUCAUUAACCCACAGGUUCCGAGCAUGCUAUCAUGUCAAGCACAGCCGUUGGACCCAUAAAGUGAAGUAGAUUUGUUUUUUUUUAAUCACAUUCACUCACUAAUUGUAAUUGUCUUGGAUGAGUAUGGCGUUUCUGCUUUUCAGCAUUUUGGUUUGGCCAGCAAUACUGGUCGGAUUGCAUCACUUGGCAAUUACUAGCAGGAAUCAUUUUAAAAUCUCAAAGCGAUAAUGGGUUCUUACCAGGAGGGACUUUCAGUUCUUCCAUUGAAACUGACCACCUGCCUCCUCUAAUUUGAAUGUCAGUUUCUCUAUUUUGCUGUCAUUGAUGUCUCUAGUCAUGUUAAAUAUUCUGCCACUGUAUAAAAAGUAACUAUUAGCCUAUCUCAAAAAUAUCGGGACACAUUUCAAGGAGCACACGAUAUAUAAAUGUAGAGGGCAGCUAUAUUCAGCUCCACAAGGCUAAGGCAACUUUAUUGCUUUCUUCAUCAGAGGUGGUUUUUCUUUUUUUGCACUUGUUAGUGUUAUGGUUGUGAAUGAUGUAUUGGUGAACCUAAAAAUGCUUUAUUUACAGAUUACUGCUUAAAACGUGAAGUUUGAUGGUUAUGUGAGCAUAGCAAUUUCAUAUGUCUGCACGAUCCUUUUGGAGCAGUCACUCUAUAACAUUGUGCAUGUUUCAUCAUUUACACCAAUUGUGGUACCUUAGCAACCAUAGCAUAGGACUACUCAGCAUGAGGUCGCAUGUUCAAUUCCUGGCAAUGUUUCGAUUGUGGCAAAAUGCAAAAAUGGGUGUGUACUUUAGGUUUAGUUGCACAUUAAAUAAUUUAACCAGGUUGUCUAAAAUAAUACUCUGCUACAGUGUGCCUCAUAAUCAUAUUGUGAUAUUGGCACACAAAACCCUUGAACUUGCUAUAUAGUAUAACAUAUAUAGCAUUCACAUGAUUGUGUACUACACACUUCACAACGUUACGAAAAUGAUAAAAACAUUGCCCUUACUUAGAAAUUUGUAGAGAGAAAUAGAAAUGGGUAAAGAACUUCAAGAAUUCAUUCGUACUACGUUGAAGAUAUUCUUGACAUUUCAAAUGCUAAGUGUUUAGUUAUUGUAAUUUGAGCACGGUGCAAAUUUAAAUCACAAGUGUUAUGUGCCUUUAGAUUUACAUCUGUAUCUACCUGUUUAUGUGAUUUGCAAAAGUUAAGAGUCUACCAUUUGUCGUCUGUGUUUCAAAAUAAGCUUUUGUCAAUUAUAGCAAUUGCUCUUGUAAUUAUUUAAAACUUCUUUAGUCAUUCCUUUCUUUAAUUCAGCCUGUAUGUGACAUGCAGAAUUGUGGCCAUACAUAAUACAACCUAUUCCCUCAAGAUUUGAGAUGUCUGGGUACUCGAGUCUCCCCAUAAGAGAGCACUGCAACAUAGCAAAGCAGUUGUGGCUUUGGCGGUGUGUGAUUGUGACAAAAUUCAGUGCACUCCAUUUCAUACUGAAGUGUAGUGCUAUGGAAGAUAAGCGUUGAGAUCUGUCAUCAAAAUAUGUCUCCUUUGCAUUUUGUGGUCUAGUGAUCUUAAAACCCAAUUUUCACCAAACUGUGAAUCAAAAGGGCAUGAGUUUCACAGCAUAUAAAGAUUUAUAUCAAGAUAGAUUCAAGUUUGUGGAACCAAACUGCAGUAUAUUGGUAUAACUGUCAGUUCAAGCGCAUGAAUAAACAGAAAGGAAGAGAGGACAAGCGCUUUCUUGCAACUAAACUGUUUAUUAGAAAGGGCAGAAUAUAUAUAUACAGGCAAUUAAAAAAACAACGCAUGUGUGUGCAACGCAACGUGCGUUUUCGCACGUGUCCUCACGCAUCAUAAAAGGUAUUUCUGAGGCUAUAUGUGUGAACUGUGAAAAAGUAGGUGCAGGCACUGGUAAUUUUAUAAGCAGCCUUUACUACACGCAAACAGCAUUGAUGUGGUGUGACUGCUUUGAACGGCACAGCAUUUCCGGUUCCCAAGUUGAGCGUGCCUGCAUUCCUACGUACCUUUUGUCAACCCCUUGGAGCUGUUGUAUAAAUGUUGUGAAGUGGAAUAGCAUAUUGUUUUUUACAUGCUGAAAUCGCUGAUGCAUGUGCCUCUACAGAGGUUGGAGGAAUGCCUGCAGAGCCAUCCCCUAUGUUAUUAGAAACAGUUGUAAAGUACUGGCAAAAAAAAAAAAAAAACAUAGCAAAAAAAAAAAACUAUGCAAGUCCAUCAUUCUUUACCAGAUUUGCAAGUGCAGAGCAAUUAACAUAUGAUGUUCAUAUCAGCACAAGACAUUUAAUGUUUUAGCAUUUUUCUUUUUGUAUAAUAUAAGCAUGCUGCUGCUUUCUUGUUCAUGUAGGCUGUGUGCAAUUUCCUUAUACUUUCCUCUACAAGUGUGAAACAAAACGUGGAGUGAACUUGGUCACAUUGGAAAUUCUAGUGCAUUUUAAUGAAAAUUGAGAGUGUUGUUAUAAGGGUAGUAUGACAGCCGCAUGUGCGAUUCCUUAUUUGCUAUAUUGUUGCCCGUCUACUGGUGUUGUAGGCCUUGUUUGUACGUAAUUAUGUUACUGAAGUUUGAAUUGCUGAGCAGGUACAUGCACACGUUACAUUUCGAUACUUGCGGCUUUGGUUUAAUUUCAUAGUGAUAUAGAAUGAAAACUUUACAAUUUGGGGUUACUAUAGGUCUCUUGAGCUAAAUAUGAGCAAAAGCAUUGGCUUUGUUAAAAUUUAGGAAAAAUGGCACAAUGUGCAAUUUUCUUUUUUUUUGCUGAAGUAUGGUUUAAUUGCAGUUGCUUUAACUAAUAUUUCAUGCUGGUGCAUUUACACUGUUAUGUAGCCCUUCUGUCAAAAUGUGCAAAUGGUUGAGUUAAACAUUUACAUUCAGUUAAGCAUUUAAAUAUUAACCUUUUCUAGCCCAUUGGGAAUUUCAUGGCAUAUCUGAAUUGUGAAUCCAAAUGGAAUGCUCAGGAGAAAGAAGCAUCAGUUUGUACAUUGUGUGGCCAUCUGGCAAUAAUUCAUCUUUUAGAUAUUUGCAAUAUGUCUUCUGAGAGGCAAUUUUGGAGCCGUUUGUGGUAAGGCCCUUAACAGAGUGAUUGAAAUAUAGAUUUUUUAUGGCCAUUUUUUCAGCACAGUUUUGAUUGUUAUUUAAUUAUGUCAUUUGUAAACUGCUGCGGUUGGUGAAUCACAGCGCAACACAGGGACGAGGAUGGUCGGAAGGACACACAAAGCGCUGCUGUGGCUAGUGAAACUCCAGUGCCAGUUUAUAUCCACGUAUCUGCAUUGACUGUGGGAGAUGAACAUAUUCAUAUUGCUGGUGCUACUCUUCGCGUUCAACAGAGACUUCAGUGGUUGCACACAACAGGCAGAACUUCUUGGCAGGUAAAUUAAAAAAAAUCCAAAUGAAAUGUCCUAAGCCUAAACCAUUAGUUGUUGUCCACAAACCUGGUGAUUGGGAGAGACAUUGAGUGGAAACAUUGAAGCUGCUGUUUUACAGUUUAAUGGCUAAAAAAAAAGCUUGGAUUAAAUCAUGAUCUUUAUGAUUGCAUUUGCAGUGCCCAGAUAGCCAAGAAUCAUACCGAAGUCAACAACUUCAGACAAUUUCUUGUGGUAGUUUGUUGUCUGAGAGGCUCUUAGAAGUUAAAUCUUGGCUGUGGGUUUUAGCAAGUGUUAAAUCAUUAAAAAAUGUGUGUGAGUGUUUUCUUUUGUCUGUGGCUCGAAAUUUUAUAAAUAGUUGGUGUUGUGGAAAAUAAACAUGUCACCACUGCUUAUGUGAGAAUAUAAAAAGCGAUAAUGCACAAUUGGCUUCUGCGAAGAAAUGGCGACUUUAUCGAGCUCACAUGUAGCAUGAAUUAAACAAUUUGGUUGUAUGCAAAUGUGUUAAGGCUAACAUUCUGUGUUUAUGAAGGCUGAGAAACUUCAUUUUAGUGGUACCUACUAGUUCUGCUCUCUCCCACUGUCAUUUUUGCCAUGAUUUAUAGUCAUAUUGUGUUUUGGUAUGAUAAAAUGCACUUUAGAUUUAAAAUUUGCAUAAUUACAUAUACCUACUGUAUUGCAAAUAUAUUUAAUCUGGCCAUUUUCAUCUAGCAAAUUAGCAAUGCUGUUGCACCCAAGUGAUGCCAGCCUUACUAAUGCCCAUUGUAAACUUCUUGCAAAAAUGUACACCAGCUAGCAGAUAGUACUUGCUCAGAUGAAAACCCUGUUAAUAACACUUUUGACAUAAGCACUAUGUUAAAUUAAAUACACCAUACACUAUAGUUUCAGCUGUUUAUUGCUGUUUUAUAGGUACACACAGUGAUAAUUUCUGAUACCGGUGUGACAUGGGUGUUUGGUAAGCCUUCGAACAAAUAGUGUAUUGACUCGAUGUUUAAGCACCACCUGCUACACAAGAUGUUACAAAGCCCAUCGAGUCAAUAGUUUCUCGAGUCAACAGGGCACCCUUCAACUGUGUCAAAACUUCACUGAGCGACGGACAACAGCAACGUGUUUGUACGUAUUCAUUGUACCGUUUGUGAUGUCUCAUUCGCCACAGUUUCGCAGUUAACCAGUAUUCGUAGCUAUGAAUAAACAGUUCAUUU